CAUAUUUGACCUAUUUUUAGUUUCCUGUUGAAAGUAAUGCAUAGACUGCGACAGUUCUGUAUAAGGGCCAAAGACUGAGCCGUCAUAUACGACUUUAGUGGGAUCUUACUGCAAAUAUUGACACAGUGACUACACAUAGAAAGCCUAUUCAAUUUAGCACAAUCUCAUUGGUUGAUUUUUAGUCGGGCCCUGUUUGGGGCGUUCUGUUAUGGGGUCCUUGCGGUAGCACUUCCUGGUCCACGUAUGGGAGAGCAGAUCAACAAUCUCUUCUUUGACAGAUGAUGAUACUCAGCGUCUCUUUUCUUUGAAUAAACCUCUUUCCACUCACUGAUGAAACCUACCGGAUAGCCACACAGUCGGACCUCCCCGUUGUCUAUACUGCGCGUCGUGAACGGGUGAAGGAUGUCUUGGUUCACUGACUUGGCCGGGAAAGCGGAAGAUUUCCUAAACAAAGUGGACGCAGGAGCCGCUACUGCCCUGCAGAAGGAGAAUGCCUUGGCAGCUGAAUACGGAGGUGAUCCAUCGCUCUCCUCCGUGUACGCCACCUCCGGGUACCGGACGGACGGUCCUGGGAUGCAGCAGAACUACGAAUCGCUCCACGAUCCGCCAGGUUUCAUCACCGCGGCAGCUGGCAACAUCAAAAGAUCCAACGCCCCUCUUUUCUCCAACGCAAGUAACGUCUCCUCCACCAACCCCGACACCACCACUCCCCUGGGCUCCUCCAGCGUCGGAGCGACCUCCUCCACCAACACGGGGAGAGCCUCCUCGGGUUUUGUGAGGCGCAAAAAGAGUGAGCAGGACGUGGACGACGACAUGCUGUUUGACUUCCUCAACAGCUCGGACCCGCCGGCCGCCACUAGCGACCGGAAGGACGUGAGGCGAGAUCUCCCGAAGGUGUCUGUCCCCGUGGUGGAGCCCCAAGCUCCGCCCUCUACCUCCACACCCAUGUCCAGCGCGUUGGCCUCCUCCGGGACCUCCACGCCCCACUCCGCCCUCGGGAUCUCCCGGGCGUCCAGCCUCAGCUCCUUGUCGACGCACAGCAUGAAAACGUCGGAGGAGGGCCUUGCACGGGACCCUGGCCGCGACACCCCCGACGGCUCAGACUCCGGGCUGUCGGCCCCCCAGGACUCUGGCCGACCGGAGCCCCUGUUCCCGGAUGAGUCCCGGAGCCAGGAGCUGUCCAGCCUGCGCCUGGAGAACCAGCUGCUGCGCAACGAGGUGACCUCCCUCAACCAGGAGAUGGCCUCGCUCAUCCAGAGGGCCAAGGCCAUGCAGGAGGAUCUGAACCAGGCCCGCCUCCGCUCCGACAAGUGGAACUCGGACCAGUCCACGACGGACCGCGUGGUCCGAGAGUUCCGGUCGCAGGUUGAUGACCUCACUGAAGCCCUGUCUGCCAAAGACGGCCAGCUGGCGGUCCUCAAGAUCCGAUUGGACGAGGCCGACCAGCUGCUGAAGACCCGCAACUCGGCACUGGAGGCGGCGCAGAGCGAGAAGUCCCGAUUGCUGCAGGACCAAUCAGAAGGCAGCAGCAUGCAGUCGCAGGCCCUGGAGACGCUGCAACAGGGGCUGAGGGAGGCGGAGCUAACCCUCCGGCGAGAGCAGGACAACUACAGACAGAUGCAGAGCGAGGCCGCGGUGCGUCUCUCCAGGGCGGAGGCCGAGCGGCAGACUCUGGCGGAGACGGUGACGGCGGCGGAGCGGCGGGCGGCCGAGGAGCGGCGCCGCGCCGACGACCUGCAGCAGCAGACGAGGAGCGCCCGGGCCGCCGCCGAGCUGGGCCGGCAGGAGCUGCAGGACUACAAGCACAAGGCCUCGCGCAUCCUGCAGUCCAAGGAGAAGCUCAUCUCCAGCCUGAAGGAGGGCUCGGGGCUGGACACCCUGGACAGCGGCCGGGGCGCAGUCCUGGAGCUGGAGGAGAUGCGCCACGAGAAGGAGCUCCAGAAGGAGGAGGUGCAGAGGCUGCAGGGCCAGGUCCACGCGCUGCGGGCCGAGGUCCAGGAGCUGGAGAGCCAGGCCAUGAGCGAGGUGGAGACGUGGAGGCAGCAGCAGAUGGAGCUCCAGGACCAGCAGGCCAUGCAGAUCAGAGCCAAGCAGGAGGCAGAGGCCGAGCUGGACCGACACAAACAGGAGCUGCAGUACCUGGAGGAGGAGAGUCACCGCACCAAAGCCAGCCUGCAGAGCCGGAUCAAAGACCGGGAGGACGAGAUCCAGAAGCUGAGGAACCAGCUGACCAAUAAGGCUCUGAGCAGCAGCAGCCAGGUGGAGCUGGAGAGCCGUCUGCACCAGCUGACAGAGACGCUGAUCCAGAAGCAGACCAUGCUGGAGGCGCUGGGCACGGAGAAGAGCUCCCUGGCCUUCCAGCUGGAGAGGCUGGAGCAGCAGCUGAAGAGCGCCCAGGGAGGGGCGCCGAGCGGCGGGCAGGCCAUCCACAUGGGCAGCCUGGAGGGAGCAGGGGCGCGACAGAGGGCCACGCCCGUGCUCUUCAGCGACCAGGACAGCCCCGGCAUGUACGGCCAGGUGCGCAAGGCGGCCAGCACCAUCGACCGCUUCAGCAUCAGACUGGGGAUCUUCCUGCGACGCUACCCCAUCGCCAGAGUGUUUGUUAUCUUGUACAUCGGUCUCCUGCACCUGUGGGUGAUGAUAGUCCUGCUGACGUACACGCCGGAGAUGCACACAGACCACCCGGGGGGCAGAUGAGGACCCCCCCCCCCCCCGCCCGUCCGUCCGUCGACGUCGGGAACGGUUACCCUCGACGGAACGAAAGACAAACAAUGAGGCUCGCUGCUGGACGACGGUUCAACGACUCUCACUAGGAACCAAACUCUUCCUGUUUUGCACAGAAACGCCAUGGUUACAGACUUCCACUGACUGCCCUUCAUCAUCAUCAUCAUCAUUGUUAUUAUUAUUAUUAUUAUUAAUAUCGGUUUCCCAAUCUGGAGAUUCCUGGUGAGUGGCAUGAGGUUUUAAACGAACGCUGUGGAGGGGUGGGCGCUGGCGAGGCAUUAAAUCAACGCUGAUUAUUUCGAUAUCGUACAGCACUUCUUCAUCUCCCUUCUGACACGUUUUUCCUGAGAGAUUAUAUUCAACACUAUGUUUAAAAACAAAAGGCUUUUAAUAAACAUCUGAAAAAGAAGAUCCUGAAUGUUGUUCAGUUGGAGGCUGAGGAAUCCCAAUGCUAUUUUUUAUCUUUCAUAGAACUAUUAUUUCUUUGGGAAAUAAUAUAUUUUAUAAUCCCAUUGACUUGCAAUGUAAAAUAAUAUAUAUUUCAAGGUAGAAUGUUAAGUUUAAAAUAUGAAAAAUAUUUGAAUAGAAGAGCACGAUUCCAAGCUAAUCUGAACAUUGUAAAAUUAGUCUUGAGUCUCUAGUUGAAACAAUGUGCAAUGAGUAGGCUCCCAAAGUUUGUGGAGAAUAUAAAGAGAAUAAAACUUAAGAACAACAGUUGAGCGCUGCAUGUUAAGGAGAUUUUAAAUGUAAUUGUGAUUUAUCUAUGAGCCAAGGUUAAUCCUGAUGAAACAAAAGCAUACUACUCAAAUUGUUAAAUUAUUGUUCACCAGAGUGGUCAUGGAAUCCUGUUGUUAUGGCGUUAGUUUGACACAAGAGGGCGCCAUCGAGCUGGUAUGGAGACAUGCACACAUAGUGCUUUCACUGGAAUCUCCAGAGACUCUUCUGAAAACCUCAACCCUACAUUUCCACUGACUUUCUGCCAUCAAGAGACACAGGUGCACAUCUGCUCAAAUAAACUGGACGUCAUUUGAAUAGCUACAGUUCACUGCUUACAGCAUACGUUUAAAGAUCCAAGACAGACAUCAUUAAUAUGUUACUGUUUCCACCACUCAGUAUG